AUGGCCACCCCUCAACCUAAUCUGCAUAAGCGACAAAAAGUAGACGUUACCUCACUACAAGGAAACAAGAUAGCUUCCGAUAUAGGAGAGAGUGAUUCGAAGAAGCUACGUGCUAGAAGAUUCGAUACAAUCUACAAGAACUGGAACCUCACAGAAGAGAAAUUGCAGAGCCACUUCGCAGAAGAUGACGCAUGCCAAUCUUCACAUGGUACGCUCCUCAAACAAGUCAGAGACUGGCCGCAGAGAUUUUUAGAGAAAAUCGCCACGCUCUCUGGCAAGAUCAGUGAUAUCUCCACGGCUAAGGCUUUACUAUGUCAGGAGAGGGCGAUGCGACGUGUCUACGAACAAGCGAAUGGACUAUCCCAGUAUGGUCGCUACAAUGAGAUAGGCUUUAAAACCUUAGAAGUUGAGCAAGUUUUGCUCAAAUUGAAAAGAGCAGAAGCAAUCGUUGCCGGAAAUGAUGGCCGGAUGUGUUCAAACGACCCAUGUGAAAAUAAAGCUGCCCAACGGCCUUCAAUCGUCCAAUCGCCCGCGUUGCACGUUCGCGAUAGCCCGAGAUCGAAAGAUAUUGUAAGGAUCAAUGAGAUACCGAGUCUAGGUUCUCCGGGUCUACAAGAGACGCCAACGGCGCAAAACAACCCUACGAGCUUCUCGACUGCAUAUAACCCACAACAGUCCUUUGCUUUCAGCUCAGCAUCAGCCUUGUUCCCUUCAGUACUACAAUCAUCAACGGAUAUUUCCAGCUUUCACAGUACUGGAGAUAGCCGCUUCGAAGGGGAGGAUGAGUUUUUGAGCAUGGUCGACUUUGACGGCAAUGCAAAUCAUCACAUAUAUGACUCACAGGGUUGGCAGAGUGAUACGCGUGGGUUCAAGCCGGUGCCGCAGUCUCAGAAAAACAUGCUAGCCCUCCCUUCCCCCAUUCGAACGACGACCCCAGGGCUUAACGCCAAGACCGCGAUCAACAGGGUUUCGGCCGUAGAGCUCGCUCAGCAUGCUAUCGGGAAUUCGUUCUUUCGGUCUACAUCAAUGGCGAAGCGCAAACUUGAAUCGAUGCGCGAUAUGUUUGAGGAUGGCGACUGUGACUUAACUGCAGACAUGGACGCGUCAGAAAUGCGUUCCAUGAUCGAAUAUUGUGCGGCAAUCGAGAGCUACGAACGUGGAAAGGAGGAUAACAGGCCACGUUUGGUAAAACAGGCGAAGUCGCAAAUGGCGAAACUUUGGCUUCGUGAGAGGUUGAGACUGGAACACGGGGUUGAGAUGUGA